CUUGUAUCACCGCGCCUCUACUUGACUUGGAUAUGAAACUGAGAUGAAAAACUCCUUACUGCAUCUGGACACACGCUACGCUUUUCGAAAGCGUCCUAACAUCACUUUCUUUCUCCACUGCCAUACUGUUCGGUGAACAUGGCGCGUGCGCGUGGAAGACUACGCAAGGCACCACCCGCUUCCACGCCACGACGUUCGAGCCGCCGUACAAGCGCGCUACGACACGCGGAAGAUGUCCCCGCUGUCUUCCAAGAAAUGCUGUCGGAGGCUGCGGCCGAGGAAGCACGUCCGCUGAAAAAGCGCAAGACGCGACAUGAUGUUGGGACGCCCGCACCCGCGCCCGGCGCCGGGUCACCGCAGACAAAACCUUUUGAACCAUUGUCUAAAGCCUCAUCGCAAGCACAGUCACAGAAGCUUCCACCUCCCCAUUCUGCGCCCCCGGUCAGGUCACCGUCACCAAGCGCACGCGAUCAUAAUAACCAUGUGCGCACCCCGCCUAGUACGCGGCAAACGAUCAUCGACUCGGAUGAAUCUGACGACAGUGAUAUGGAAUGGGAGGAUGCUAUGGCAGAUGGCGGCGACUUUGACGCGCACGACGAGCCCGUAAUAAACGACAUCUCGAUAACUAUCGGAGACCAGGACGACGUUGGGAGCAAGACCAAGCGACAAGUGCGAAGGAGAGCGAUAACGGCUGUGGACAAAAAGAAAAGGCUUGACAUACACAAAUGGCACAUUAUGUGCCUACUGUACCAUGUUCACCGUAGAAAUGCUUGGUGCAACGACCGCAUCGUGCAGGCGACCGUGAGAAACGUGCUCUCUCCCAAGGUCCUUGCCAAUCUCGUGCCAGAUCCGAAUCUAUCGCAAUUCCAAGCGUCGAAACAGUUCUUAGCAGGUAUCGCGGACCUGAAAAUUCUGUGGUCCAGGCGCUUUACCGCGACGGCAAAGGGCAUGUACAAACCACGGUGGGCCGACACCGACGCGGAGAUUCGCCCCUCCUCUGACUUUGACGAAUUUGACGAUCCUAUGGAGCUCGAAGACUUUCGCACUGCUGCAUCUAAACUAGAAGGAUCUCAAGACGUGGGCGCACAAUUGUUCUGCGCUCUCAUCCGUGGCGUUGGGCUUGAAGCCCGGCUCGUAUGCUCAUUGCAGUGUCUCCCUUUUGCAUCGGCAGCGCAACCUUCCACUCCGCAGAAGCCAGACAUGACGAAGACUAUCAUCACGUUAGAUCCAUUCAAUACGCAAAGCCCUAGCCCACCCAGACAAAAAGCCUCAGCUUCCUCGCGCAAACCCAAGUCGAGACUCGAAAGAGCUCUUGGUGAGCGCCAUCCUGCUCUGAGCGCCGGUGUUGCUCCGAAGCAAAGGAAGAAGUACCAUACGGAAUAUCCUGUUUACUGGGUAGAAGUUUUCAACAAUAUACAUCAGAAAUGGGUACCUGUUGAUCCUUUGUCCACGUUUACGAUCAACCAGCCUGAGAAGUUAGAACCUCCACUCAAUUCAGCAUACAACACUUUGACCUAUGCAAUUGCAUUCGACGAUGACUACACUGCAAAAGACGUCACACGGCGAUAUACUAAAGCGUACAAUGCAAAAACGCGAAAGUUCAGAGUCGAAAGCACACAGCACGGCGAAAACUGGUGGAAACAAGUCAUGGGCUUCUGGAAGCGUAAGCAAGGACUGGACCGAGACCAGGUUGAGGAUGCGGCACUGGCUCGCAGAGAGGCUGCUGAAGGCAUACCAAAAGCCGUGCAGGACUUCAAGGAUCAUCCAGUCUACGUGCUCGAGCGACAUCUGCGGCACAAUGAGGUCAUCUACCCGCUCAAUCAAGUUGGCAAGGUCAAUGUAGGGUCAUCUUUGAAACCGAAGAUGGAGCCGAUUUACCGUCGAAAGGACGUUCACCUUGUACGGAGCGCAGACAAAUGGUACCGACUUGGAAGGGAUGUGCAAGACGGCGAGCAACCAUUGAAGCAUGCGAAGCCUAAGAAAGUCAGAAGGCCGUCGAUUGGCCCGGAUAUGACUAUGGAUGAUCAAGAAGAUGACAUUGGUGCUGGGCUCUAUGCAGAGUAUCAGACAUCUAUCUACAUACCGCCCCCAGUCGUUCGUGGACGUGUCCCCAGGAACGCUUACGGCAACUUGGACCUCUACGUUCCUUCCAUGUGCCCACCUGGCGGUCGUCAUAUACGCCACAAGCUAGCUUCGAGAGCUGCUCGUAUCGUAGGUGUGGACUAUGCUGAAGCAAUUACCGGAUUUAAAUUCCAGGGCCGCCAUGGUACAGCCGUUGUACAGGGUGUUGUUGUCGCGCAGGAGUAUGCUGAAGCAGUCGAAGCAGUCAUUGACGGUUUGGAAUAUUCGGUGGAAAUGGUCGAAGAGCAGCAUCGUACAGCAGAAGCUAUGCGUCUAUGGAGACGCUUCUUCCUUGGUCUCAAGAUCGUACAGAGAAUAAAGGGACAGGACUAUGAUGGCGAAACACCAGAAGUCGAUGUGCAAAACGAAGUUGAGCAGGAAGACCAGCGAAUCAAGGCAGACGCAUUCGCUGGCGGAUUCUUCCCCGAGGAAGGCGAGUCUACGGACCCUCCUGUGCGGUACUACGAGCCCCCAGCCCAGGGCGAGGGUUAUAUUGGGGGCUUUGAUGGUGAUUUUGAUCGCGAUGAAGACAAGAAUGCGAGUGACGGUUUCAUACCAGAUGACGUUGAAAGCCAUCCAAAACGACUCGAACGAGAAGAGUCGCAAAAUUUUGGCAGCGCUAUUCUAUCACAGCAGCAGCUUCUGCCUAGGCGACAGAGCAGCUUCCUGGUGCUGGAAGACGAUGAUGACUACGGCGGUGGAUUCCUCCGCGGUUCACCGCCACCUAAAACAAGCAAAUCCACGCACAGCCCAGUUCAUGAAGAUGGGCGUGUGCAAAAAGAUGAUCCGGUUGAUCUGGGUGGAGGUCUCCUGUCGGAUGUGCAUCUCGAAAAGACUGAGGUCGACAUGCCAUAUGAGCAGAUGGAGCGACAGCCUAUCGAAGCAGAUGUGCACACAGAGCCGGACAAGUCUGAGAAGACCGUGCUUGAGGCAAACGAGGUCCGGGCUGUCUUUGAGGUUGGGACAUUGACGAAGCUCGCAGAGCCGUCAUUGCCGACUUCUUCGCCCUCAGAUGCAGGGUCAUUGCCGCUUGAGGAUCCUGACGAUGAGGAUGCUGAACCGGAUUGGUUGAUGGACGACACUUGAUGCUUCUAGAUCGGGGUAUACAGAUGUAACAAGAGACAUACAAUCAACUUAAUCUGAUAGGUGC